AUGGUCUUCUACGCCUACGCCACCUCCGGGGGCUUCUCUGUCUGGCUCAUUACGGCCAAAGACAAGGACACCUUAGACGCCUGGUUCCGUGCCAUGGAGACCUCACAGUUUGGAAACAUCGCGCGCAUCAACGCUGAAUGGUACCGGUACCAAAACUUCCGCAUCGAACAUUCGACCACCGACUAUUGCCUCACUCAGAGAUUUGACGGACUAAUCCUCUUCAAGCCUUUGUAUUACAUCCGCUCCAAGAAGUCCAAAUCUCUCUAUUGGGACGUCAAACGCAAGUCAGAGGCGGAAUCACUCCAGGUCUACGUCAGCACCAAAUCUCGCGCCCGGUUCCAAGCCAUUAAAAUACUCUGCCCGAACUACGCACCGUCUCCGGUAGAUCACCGCAUUCUCGGCGACGAUCGUAUGUCUCUUCAUCAUGCCGCCGGCCCGGUGUCGUUCAUCAGGAACGACAUGGGAUUCCUCAUAUUGACUAUAUCCUGUCUGAACCCCCAUUUCCGGAUCAGUGAGCUUACUACCAGCUUUGCUUCACAGCCUGACAACCGCAUUGCCUAUAUCCCAGGCUUUGGUGCGGAAUGGGAGCUGGUGUAUUAG